AGCGCGGUCUGGGUUGAAAUUGCUGGGGUGGGAGGGGAGCCUGCGAGCGGGAUCCCGAGCCGGUGAGCGCGCUGGCCACCGCUCCGCCGCCGAUGACUCCGGAGCUCAGGUCCAAGCGCCGCCCAUGCAGCAUCACUGCGUUCCACCGACCCAGAGUUGAUGAAAAAUCACUUAGCCGUCUUCGCAGCGGGGAGCCAUGAGCUGUCUGGAUGUUAUGUACCAAGUCUAUGGUCCUCCGCAGCCUUACUUUGCAGCCGCCUACACCCCCUACCACCAGCAGAAACUAGCCUAUUACUCCAAAAUGCAGGAAGCCCAAGAGUGCACCGCCAGCCCCAGCAACAGCACGGGCAGUGGCAGCUCCUCCUUUUCCAGCCAAACUCCAGCCAGUAUCAAAGAGGAAGAAGGCAGCCCAGAGAAAGAGCGCCCACCGGAGGCCGAGUACAUCAACUCCCGCUGCGUCCUCUUCACCUAUUUCCAGGGGGACAUCAGCUCUGUGGUGGACGAGCACUUCAGUAGGGCCCUGAGCCAGCCUAGCAGCUAUUCCCCGAGCUGUACAAGCAACAAAGCACCCAGGAGCUCCGGGCCCUGGCGGGACGGCUCCUUCCCGAUGAGCCAGCGCAGCUUCCCCGCCUCCUUCUGGAACAGCGCGUACCAGGCACCGGUGCCCGCGCCGCUGGGCAGCCCGCUGGCCGCCGCGCACUCGGAGCUGCCCUUCGCCGCCGCUGACCCCUACUCACCGGCCGCGCUGCACAGUCAUCUGCACCAGGGCGCGGCGGAGCCCUGGCACCACGCGCAUCCGCACCACGCGCACCCGCACCCGCACCACCCGUACGCGCUGGGCAGCGCUCUUGGCGCCCAGGCUGCCGCCUACCCGCGGCCCGCCGCGGUGCACGAGGUCUACGCGCCGCACUUCGACCCGCGCUACGGGCCGCUGCUGAUGCCCGCAGCCUCAGGGCGCGCGGCUCGCCUCGCGCCAGCCCCGGCGCCGGCUCCCGGCAGCCCGCCCUGCGAGCUCUCCGCCAAGGGCGAGCAGACCGGCGCCGCGUGGGCCGCGCCCGGAGGACCUUUCGCCAGCCCCGCGGGGGACGUGGCCCAGGGUCUGGGACUCAGCGUGGACUCAGGUUUCCAGCGUCAGGACAAAAGCAAGGAUCUGCACUGGUUUUAGACUGCCCACCUUGUUCCCUGUAGGUCUCUGCCUAGCGCCAGUUGCUGAUGCUCAGAGCUGAAAUCGAGUGGGUUUGUAAUGGCUUCUGAUCUUGGUUUGCAGCUCGUCGUUAUUCCCUCUGUGGCACAUCCCUCCUGAGCUGAUCUGAUGGCCCCAGGUUUCCCCUUCCCUUUCCCUUCUGACCAGCCACGGAGGUUCAGCAUCUGGACCUCUCACUUCAUGGAUGAGGAUGUGGGGGAAGGCAGAGACUUCAGACAUCUCCACGUGUUGGGAAAACCAAAACAUGCCUCUUCAGAAACUUUGUCUAACUAUAUUCCUUCUGCGGAAAGAGCAGAUCCAAAGACUCUGACUCAUGUUUAAUGACUUUUGGGCAAAUCACUGGAAAUACCUGUGGUGAACUCACUUAGGUGAUAUGUUGUCGUAAGUUUUCUUGGAAAGAGGAGGAAAAAAAGAGACUUUCUGGUGUGAAUAUUUUCUAUGCUGAUGUGAAUUAUGUCAUUAAGUAGUGUGACCAUCGCUCUCCUGAUGUCUGUAUCCUCACAUUUAAAAUGUAUUUGUAUUUGCAUCGAAGACUGUGGUAGAGAAGUAAAAGAGGCCAAUUCCUUCUUCCCCACCUCAAGGCCUCCAGCUCCCUUCGUGCCCACUCCCUCCCAGCAACACCCACUCCAGACACAAAAAGACACACUCUUUUCCUUCGGACUGUGAACAUGGAAGCCUCAGCCUAAAUGUGAGUGGCAAGUGGCUUAUCUGGAGCCAUCUGCCCAAGUCUUACUGAAAUGCAGCUGUUGUAGGACAACUGUUGAAAACUCCAGAAAUACAUCGACCAAGGUGGCACUUCCCAGUGUUUGGCACGACAAUUGCAAUUGCACUGGAUCUAUUUUAUAUGUGUGUGUGUGUGUGUGUGU